CUGCUGACACCCGUCGCCGCCGCCGCCGCCGCUACCGCUUCGACCCUUGCCGCCGCCGCCGUUGCGUGUCGCCACCAUGAACCAAGAUCUUCGCAGGGAGCGGGAAGCCGCCAGCUUCAACCCGGAGCUGCUCACGCACGUCCUGGACGGCAGCCCCGAGAACACCCGGCGCCGCCGAGAGAUCGAGAACCUGAUUCUGAAUGACCCGGACUUCCAGCACGAGGACUUGAAUUUCCUCACCCGCAGCCAGCGCUACGAGGUGGCCGUUAGGAAGAGUGCCAACAUGGUGAAGAAGAUGCGGGAGUUCGGCAUCGCGGACCCCGAGGAGAUCCUGUGGUUUAAAAAAAUACAUUUGGUCAAUUUUGUGGAACCUGUGGGCCUCAAUUUCUCCAUGUUUAUUCCUACCUUGCUGAAUCAGGGCACCACUGCUCAGCAGGAGAAAUGGCUGCUUUCAUCCCAAGGACUCCAGAUAAUUGGCACCUACGCCCAGACGGAAAUGGGCCACGGAACUCACCUCCGAGGCUUGGAAACCACAGCCACUUACGACCCUGAAACUCAGGAGUUCAUUCUCAACAGCCCUACCGUGACCUCCAUCAAGUGGUGGCCUGGUGGACUUGGAAAGACCUCGAAUCAUGCAAUAGUUCUUGCCCAACUCAUCACUAAGGGGAAGUGCUACGGGUUACACGCCUUCAUCGUACCCAUUCGUGAAAUUGGGACACAUAAGCCUUUGCCAGGUAUUACCGUGGGAGACAUCGGGCCCAAAUUUGGCUAUGAUGAGAUGGACAACGGCUACCUGAAGAUGGACAAUUACCGUAUUCCCAGAGAAAACAUGCUGAUGAAGUACGCCCAGGUGAAGCCUGAUGGCACGUACGUGAAGCCUGUGAGUAACAAGCUGACCUACGGGACCAUGGUGUUUGUGAGGUCGUUCCUCGUGGGAGAAGCCGCUCGGUCCCUGUCCAAGGCCUGCACAAUUGCUAUCCGGUAUAGCGCUGUGAGGCACCAGUCUGAAAUCAAGCCAGGUGAACCAGAACCACAGAUUUUGGAUUUUCAGACCCAGCAGUAUAAACUCUUCCCACUCCUGGCCACUGCCUAUGCCUUCCAAUUUGUGGGCGCAUACGUGAAGGAGACCUACCAUCGGAUUAAUGAGGGUAUUGGCCAAGGGGAUCUAAGUGAACUGCCCGAGCUCCACGCCCUCGUCGCUGGCCUGAAGGCUUUCACCUCCUGGACAACGAAUGCCGCUAUCGAAGCCUGUCGGAUGGCGUGUGGUGGGCACGGCUACUCUCACUGCAGCGGCCUUCCAAAUAUCUACGUCACUUUUACCCCCACCUGCACCUUUGAGGGCGAGAACACUGUCAUGAUGCUGCAGACGGCGAGGUUCCUGAUGAAAAGUCACGACCAGGUGCACUCAGGGAAGCUGGUGGGCGGCAUGGUGUCGUACCUGAAUGACCUGCCCACCCAGCGCAUCCAGCCGCGGCAGGUGGCGGUGUGGCCGACCGUGGUGGACAUCGACAGCCCUGACAGCCUGACGGAAGCCUACAAGCUUCGUGCGGCCAGAUUGGUAGAAAUUGCUGCAAAAAACCUUCAAAAUGAAGCGAUUCGGCGAGAAAGCAAGGAGGUAGCGUGGAACCUAACCUCCGUGGACCUUGUUCGAGCCAGCGAGGCACAUUGCCACUAUGUGGCAGUUAAGCUCUUCUCAGAAAAACUCCUCAAAAUUCAAGAUAAAUCUGUCCACGCUGUCUUAAGGAAUUUAUGUCUCUUGUAUUGUCUCUAUGGAAUCAGUCAGAAGGCAGGGGAUUUUCUUCAGGGAAGCAUCAUGACAGAGUCUCAAAUUACCCAAGUAGAUCAGCGCAUAAAGGAGUUGCUGACUGCAAUUCGCCGAGACGCUGUUCCUCUGGUGGACGCGUUUGAUUUUCAGGAUGUGACACUCGGCUCUGUGCUUGGCCGUUACGAUGGGAACGUGUAUGAAAAUUUGUUUGAGUGGGCCAAGAAAUCCCCACUGAACAAAUCAGAGGUCCAUGAGUCUUACUACAAGUACCUGAAGCCACUGCAGUCCAAGCUCUGAAGGGUCGUGGGGACAAGUUCCACUCGCUCCAGGAAGCAGCUGGACUCAACACCCCUUAACACUUGUUAUGCAAAUCUGCUUGGAAUCUUUACCAGACUCGGAGAGCUCUAGAGCAAAUGAUAAAUUGAGCCCUUUCCUCUUUUGAUAAAUGAAGAAGAAAAAUGAACAGAUUUCAGAGAUUAAAUGAAAAAAAAAAAAC